AAAAGAGACAGAAAAUCUCAAAGUUUCCACUUCAAGAUGGAAAGUGAUUAGCUUAGCUACUUCGCAAUUUCUCUAUUUUUAAUCAUUUCACUUCAAUUUUUCAACUUUGCUACUGUAAUUUUAUAGUUUUUUUUAUCCUCAUCUGAAUAUUUUAAAUGCACCUGUGCUUGUGAACUUUUUAUACUGCAUUUUUCAUAACUUCAAAGUAAUUAUUGUUGAAGUUCCUUAUCAAGGUAAUUUCUCUUCGAAAUGAGAAAGUUAUGAACAUGAAGUUUUAUUUGUACUUUCGUUCGAAAUGCUCUGCUUUUGAUAUUCCCAUCUUCUGAAGGACGUUUUACUGAGAAGAGAAUGUUUUUCAAGAUGUAGUACCUAAUUAUAGUCCAUUUCCGUUUUGGUAGCUUUGGUGAAAAAUGUCGAGUACAAAUCCAGUCAGCAGUACAUCCAGUGAAACAGGACUCGAUGUCGAUGAAAAAUCCAAUGUUGAUUCGGACCAAUGGAAUCGUAUUUUCGAUUGGAUACAUUGCAUAUGUGUCGUAACAUUCGAUUUAGAACUUGGUCAGGCGAUGGAGGAAGUCUACCCACCAAAUGUAAUACUCACUGAAGAAGAUAAAACCAAUAUAUGCUAUUUAGCAUUUCCUGACUCGAAUUCUAGUUGCAUGGGCGAUACUCAGUUUCAUAUUAGAAUAAAGCAAUCCUCAAGGGCUUCCAAAUUGACCCAGUCUCAUAUAACCUACAAUAAUAAAUGUCCUGUAUUUUUAAGAAUUAAUCCUCAUUAUUAUUUCGGAUUCGUAUACUUCAGGCAAAUUAAAGAUCAGAGUAUUCCUAGAGGGUAUUUUCAAAAAAGUGUUAUCGUUAUAUCACGUUUGCCAUUCAUUAGCCUCUUCACAGAGGUUUGUAGUAUAAUUGCUCCGGAGUAUUUCGAUAACGGACUGAAAAGUAUCGAAGCUGCGUGCCACGAGAUAAACAGAUGGCAGGCUCCGAUGCCUGGAGAUUCGUUGAAAUUACCUUUAUUCGGGCAUGUCAUUCAGAGCCAAAUUCCGAGAGAUUUUACCGUUAACAAUCUCUCGUCGAGUUCCAUAUCAUUCAGUAGUUACUCAGUGUCAACGUUAUACCCGUCAAUUAAUGAUUUGAAUAUGUUCGAGUCGUUAUCUUCAGUGAUUUCCCAUAUCCAUAUAUUGUGGGAAUUGGUAUUAACGGGUGAACCUUUGGUGGUACUUGCUCCUUCACCGGAAUACUGUUCGAAACUUGUGCAAGCUUUAGUAAGCAUGAUUUUUCCUCUAAUGUAUAACGCCGAUUACCGACCAUACUUCACGAUCCAUGACAGUGAAUUCAAAGAUUUCAUGACCAAAACGAGAAGUCCACCUUCGGUGAUCUUAGGCGUCACGAAUCCAUUUUUCGGAAAGACCUUGCAACAUUGGCCCCACAUUAUUCGAUUGUCUGAAAACAUCACUACAUCAAAAACAGUUUCAGUUGGGAAACAAAAGCUGCGCAAAAGCGGAAGUACAACUUUAUUCGAUGCGAAAACCGGCGUCUAUACUCAUUAUAAGCCAUUCCUUAAUAAAGAUAAGUUAGUCAUUAGAAAAUUAAUUAAAGGAUUACAAAUGAAAAGACCUAGUGAAGUCCAAUCGGCUAUUUUAAGAAGGCAUUUAUUAGAAUUAACUCAGAGCUUCAUGAUACCAUUAGAAAGAUACAUGUCUACAUUGAUGCCUCUCAAGAAAAACAUAUCUCCUUUGAAAGCUGCCCCUCAUCCAUUACCAUUCAAUCCAGAUGACUUCAUCGCGUCUUUGGAUAUCUCAGGUCCUCAACUUACUUCUACAAUUAAAGGUAAUUGGGAAGGAUUGUACAGAAAGUUCUUCAGAUCGCUCAACUUCAGUGGAUGGUAUCAUACUCGGUAUCAAGCAAUGUACAAAAAAUUGAAAGCUCUCCAUUUAGAGGCAUUGUCUCACAUGAAUAUCCAAGAAUGGCUGCAAGGCAAAGAAGAAGUCGAAAUAGUCGACAUGAUAUUGAAAAUAAAGACAAAAAUUGACGAAAUCGAUGGCGAAAGUUUACCAUUAAAUGAGAUAAUUCAAAUACAACUGAAGAAUAGACUGAACGACAUAAUUCUAUCUUUACCGGAUGAUCUUCGAAACAUAAUUAAUAUCAGUUGACAAAUGUAUUAUUCAUAUCGUAACGAGUAAUUCAGUGAGACUGGUUUUAUGAAAAUUUCGCAUUAGUAAUUAUUAAUGGAGGAAUAAGAGUGAGAAUCUUGAUUUGUAAUUUUCUUUUGUAAUGAAACUGGAUUCUGAGAGAAUCGAUUCGGUGAUUUUUUAUAAAGUUACUAUGGCAUUACUUACUCAAUUUUUAAUCGCUGUAUAGCGCUAUGUGUAUUCAGGUUUUUAUAUUAUUUAUGUUUAACUCUAAUUUUAUUAUAUCAUUUUCGUUUUUAUCGAAGAUUAAACGAAAACUCAGAACGGUAUUUUAAUUUUUUUUUCUUAUUUUUUAAUUUAUUUGUGCAAGUGCAGUAUACCAUGGCUAUAUCGUGUAGUAUUUUGAAGUUAAUUAUUAUUUAUUGUUUUUUUUUACGCUGGAUGCAAGUAAUUGACAUUGUGACUAUUGUUAGGAUUUUUUGUCUUGUUUUUUAAUGCAGUUUGUAAUUUUUGAAGUACAUGUUUUAAUUAAAA